CUGCCAAGGAACAGUAACGCAUCCAUCAUUAGGUAUUCGCGUCCUACCUACAUGCAUCAAUGACUAGUCCCCAUCAGUGUCUGCUGCCGCUGGGAAAAUUGCCUGUCCAGAGCAAGGUACCUUACCGACAAGCAUGCAGUCAGGGUGCUGAUGCUUUGUGCUUUGUGCGCAGCGCGCACCGCCGCUACCACCACCACCCACGCAGGUCUGAAGGCGUACCGUACCGUACCCUACCAAGCAUUUCGGUUGCCAUUGAGAUCUCAAAAUUCGAAACUUGGACGUAUCAAUGCAAGGGAUCUCCGACGACGUAGCAGCUUUCGUGGGCCAUUCUUCCGGCCUUCCUUCCGUCCGCUUGCUCUCUCUUCUCUCCUCCUUCCCGUCCUUAUCUACAAGUGGGACGUAAUCCCUUUGAGCGUUGAGUCGGUUAGCCGCGCCUCACGCCAGACCAGCCCACUGAACUUGCUUAGGUCGGCUGGAAGUGGUUAGAGAGUUGGAGUGAACUGUCCUUAGGUCUUAGGUUAGGGUUCCAACUCCA